GUGGCACUGGCAUCAAAUGUCAGUGGGAAGUGAGUGAAGAGAUGGUAUUAGUGUGUUAUUUUCAUAGAAAUAAAUUAUAAAAUGCCUUAUUGGUACUACGACAAAAAGGAUCUCCAAAAUACUCCAUCAUUCCGCGAUGGAAUCACCACGGAGACGGAGAACCGGUACCGCAAAGAAGGUGCCAGGUUCAUCAUUGACACGGGCUCUAAGAUGGACUUAGGUUAUAACACGGUCGCCACAGGAGUUGUUUAUUUCCAUCGGUUCUAUAUGUUUCACUCGUUCAGGACGUUUCCGCGGUAUAUAACGGCGUGCUGCUGUUUGUUUCUUGCGGGGAAAGUGGAAGAGACACCAAAGAAGUGCAAGGAUAUAAUAAAAGUGGCGAAAUCUCUGCUUACCGAGCAGAAGUUUGCUUCGUUUGGGGAGGAUCCUAAGGAGGAGGUGAUGACGCUGGAAAGGAUCCUGCUGCAGACGAUCAAGUUCGACCUGCAGGUGGAGCAUCCCUACGGCUACCUCCUCAAGUACGCCAAGUGCCUGAAAGGGGACAAGGCAAAGCUGCAGAAAAUGGUACAAAUGGCCUGGACAUUUGUCAAUGAUAGUUUAUGCACAACCCUCUGCCUCCAAUGGGAGCCGGAGGUGAUCGCCGUAGCACUAAUGUUUCUAGCGGGCAAGCUUAGCAAGUUUGAAGUUGUGGACUGGAACGGACGCAUUCCAAAACACACGGCGUGGUGGGACAUGUUUGUUGAGGAUGUUACUAUGGAGCUGCUUGAGGAUAUAUGCCAUCAGGUGCUAGACCUCUACUCGCCCCAGACCCAACCAUCCGGCGCGGACUCCCCGCCGGGCCCGAACGCGCGUCCGCCUCCAAAAAACGACAAGAAGCCCUCCGUUACACCGCCAGCUUCCGCAUCACCUAUCGCUAAGCCCGAGCGACCCGUCGUCACCCCGGUGAAGAACGGAGAUAAACCCGAACCACCGAAAUUAGAUAUGCGUUUCGGUAGUUACCCGGCUUACCCUUACCCGCCGGUGUAUUCGGCGCCGCCGCCGAGCCUGCCGCCGCCGCCGAGGCUGCCGGUGGCGACGGCGCCGCCGCCGCUGUACACGGAGCCGCCGCCGCCGCGGCUGCCGCCCACCAGCGUGCCGCCGCCGCACUACUUCCCGCCGCUGCCCGCGCGAGGCCCGCCGCCGCCGGGCCCGCCGCCGAGGCCCUACUAUCCCCCCCCUUAGCGUUAGAUAGGUUAUGUAUUUUUUACUGGAUUAUAAUUAAUAGACUGCUA